UGACAUUUCACAGUGACACUACCUUCGUAAAUGGGAAUUGGGAUUGAUUUGAGUGGAGUGAGUAUGCCGUGUGAGUGUCAUUGUUUAGCGAAAUCACUGAGCUAAGUAUUCGUGAAACGUUAAACUUGGUAAAUAAAUAUAAGUGAUUAAUUGGAUUAUCUUAGAUCUUCCAAUUCAUAGUAAUUUCGUGAAAGUUAUUUCAUUAAAAAUUAUGGAAGUGCAGUUUGGACCAAAUUCUAUCGAUGAGCCGAGUUUGCUUUAUAAACUACAACGGAAAAUUAAAGUGUUCAACACAAAUCAACCUUUACCUAACCGUGGUUACAAUUUUGUGGCUUGUACCUCAAAAUAUGGGUUAGUUUUUGUAGCUACACCCAUGAAAAUAUUAUUAGUGUAUUAUCUCAAAGAAUUAAUUGAUAAGGAAACUGAGCCUCAACACUCUUCUGUACAACUUCAAGUGUCCCCAUCACACAUUGCAGUUAAUUGCAAUGAAGAAUGGUUGGCAGUUGUUGGCGACCAGAUGAUCCUUGUAUACAAAUGCAUGGAUUUCCAAAACAUGGAUAUAAGACCAUCUGUGUCCAUUAAAUGUGACGUGAGUCCUUCAACAUUUGUAUCAGCAUUGCAAUGGAAUCCAUGCAUACCGGAUACUAUCGGAAUUGUGUUUUUCGAUGGAACUUUACUGGUCAGCCAAGUCAGCACAAUGCAGAUGAAAAAGAUUCAAUCCAAUGCGAGAUGCUUAUGUUGGAGUCCGAAAGGCAAACAACUAGUGACAGGGAACAACGAUGGUACCCUCAGCCAAUACAAACCCGAUCUCUCGCCAACGAAAAUGAUACCAACACCAAAUUUAUUUGAAGGUGCCCCUAUUGAAGUCUUAGCAAUCUACUGGAUUGCGACUUACCAGUUUGCAGUAACAUAUAAAAAUGCGUCAGAUAAUAGUCGACCAGCCGUAACAAUAGUAAAUACACCUAAAGGAGGUAAAUCUGUCUGCUCUAACUUUGAGGAUAUUUGUUAUAGUAUGGGAUCAAACAGACCUUGGUACUAUUAUUUACAAGGACUUGCCCAAUGGAAUCUUAUAAUUUCAUCUUCAUCAAACAGUAUGGAAAUAGCUACCCUUGCGUCACCUGAUAGUACGAACUGGGUACAAUGGUGUCAGCCCGAUGAAGCCAGACCAGAAUUGCCUAUGACAGAAAAAACGCAAGAGAACUAUCCGGUUGGCAUUUGUUUCGACACAGCUGCCAUACAUCAAUUACCGUGCGGAGAAAACGAGAUGUUUCCGCCAAUGCCGCUUCUCCACGUGGUAUCACAGACGGGACUGUUAUCUAUAUUUAACGUUAUCAACUUGAAUAAAUCCGCACCGCAAAUAUGCGCGCCGCCACAACAGUUAGCGCUACCGGCUGCUACCUUGACGAGGAUUAUGCCUGAUGACGUGCCAUCGCAACCCGAAGCACCUCCAGCUGUACCGCCUCCCCAACCGAAGCCACAGCCACCGCCGCCGCAAUACCAGCAACCACUCGUGCAACCUCCGCAGGCGACCACGCCCUUGCCGGUCCAACAACCCAUACCCGUUGUACCAAAACCCGUGCAACAGCCACAGAGUAACAUUGCACCAGCAUCAAGUUUAUCAUUUGGAGUGAUAAAGGACCCAACACCGACCGAUGCGUCGCAUGCGGCCAGUCCCAUGUCGCAGUCGAAACCUACGGUCCAAGCUCCGAAGGCCAAUGCAGUGCCAUCUGCAGAAGCGACCGCCGCUCUGUUGGAACAGGAGAAAAUCAAUAAGGCGAAGAUGAAUCAAAAACUUAAAAGCAUGCUCAUCAAAGAAGUGAACGAUUUCAAUAUGGAAAUGUAUACGUUCAUGAAACUCACGCAAGAGAAACAAAUGAAGUUUCAACAAGACAUCGAAGCAGCCAAACUGAGUGUAGAUUUAGAUAUGGACACUGAGCGCCUGAGAAAAGAAUGCGAUAUAGACGAGUUGCGCGAUACGAUCGUGCAACUGAAGUUGGAUAUGGUACGCGCAUGUGCAGUGAUCGCUGAAGCCAGAACUCAGGCUGAGGCCAAAGAUCUACAAGAAUGGACCCAAGCUGAUCCUCUGACUACAAAACGUAUAGCGUCUGUGAAAAAACUCGCGUACUACGUGCAAACACAACUCGACCACGCGCGCAAAGCGCUCGACCACAAGUGGAACGAGAUGAGUGCCAGAGAUGAUUACGUCAAGCACGGAGAACGCAUGACCCGGCCCAUACUGGACGAAGUUUACCAACCUCUAGUGAAGCAACAAGAGAUACUGAGCCGUCAGAUGGCAGUGCUCAAGACCUUGAGGAAUACGAUGAAUGAAUGCAAUUUUUCACCAGCUUUCAAAUCUACAUCACUUUUGAGAAGUACCCCAUUUAGGAACAAGGACCCACUUUCAAAACUGACCAAAAAUAUUCUCAACAUGAGCAUCGAACCGCAGAGCAAGCCUAAAGAUCAACUCUUAAGCUCACAGAAGUUGGACGCACUCCGCGAUGUUCUUUCUAAUCAUAAACCAAUUAAAGUAAAACCAGUCAGUGUUGAACUGCGGCAACAUUUGGAGUCUAUGAAACAGAGAUAUGAGAAGAGUGCCAGAGAGAGAGAAUUGAGAGAAACUGAAACUAAACAAGAAAUGGAACAUACCAACAUACAAAAACCUGUACCAUUCUCAGCGACGCCAGCGCAAGUGCAAUCUCAAAUACCUGCAACAAAGUUUGAGCAUCAAAUACCCGCUCCUAUUCCUCAGCCAACAAGAGUUCAACAGGAUGCUCCACAAUUGAGAAAUGAACUGAAAAAGGAUUCAAAUAUAUUCAUGGGUCAAAACUUUGGAGGCCCCACGUUUGCAUUUACGCAAACUCCUUUCGCCGCCACAAUACCGAAGCCCGACAUAGUAAAAGAAUCGCCCAUCACAAUUCCUACAUUUAACCCGGUCAGUAAUUUGAAGCCGGUCCAACCACCAGCAAGUGUUGCAAGAACCUUAUUCGCUGAUGUAAGACAAGAAGAAUUACCAAUAGGUCACCAAGAACCUCAAGGCCAAUCGCAACGGCAGCCACCUCUUAUUGACCAACCGAAGCAGUUCCCUCCUAACAUUAAUGCGUAUACUAAAAGCUUACUUAGAAAGUUUAUACUGAAAGAUUCGUCGAAUGAGAACUUACCGCAACCCAAUGAACCCAAGAGCGAUGCUAAUACGUUUAUGGGUCAAAAUAUUUGUUCGCCUACCGCCUUUGCCUCUUCAAAAUCAAAUACUCCAUCUACACCCUCUUCUAUAUUUGGCUCUAAACCUUUCACCGAUGUCAGUAAGCCGUUCCAUAAAUUUCAAACAGUUACCCCUGAAUCUGUACCAACAACUACUUCCGCUGUAAACCCGAAAUCAGAUGAAACCGGAGAACCGGAAGCGGGUUCAACACCUGUUAAAGAUGAAAACAAACCAAGAGAAGAAAAACCUAUAACAAAUAUGUUCAGUUUAAAGACGCAGUUUACUGGCAAGAAUCAAAAUGUUCCUGACGUUUUAAAAGGGCAAAGUUUCGUAUUUGGUAAAGCUGACAAAAAAUCAACUGCCACUUCAGCUGAGGGAUCUGAUAAACUCAAAGAAAGUAGUUUUGUUAAAGCUACUGACAUUCAAGAUAAGCAAACCACAGAUAACAAAAAGGAAAAUGAAAUUAAGCCUGUUGCACAGAUGAUAAAUAAACCACCUGCACAAUCUGUAAUUUUUGUUGAUCUCAAAAAACCAGCAUCUGAGGCUAAAGUAGAACAGGUUGCAUCAUCAUUAUUUGAUGUUUUUACUGCAGCACCCCCGCCUUCAGGAUCAAAACCCCAAUUCGAAAGUGGACAACAGUCAUCCGUAUUUGAAACAGCAAAACAAUCUGUUUCCCAGGAAAGCUCAUCAAAAUUGAGUUCAAAAGGAACGCCUGUAACACAAACUGCAGAAGCUCCUACUUCAACAAGCGCUUCUACAUCAACAUCCAAACCUUCACCCACUUUGGCCUCUGCUAGUGAAACAACACCAACUGUAACCACAUCAAAAUCUACACCUGAAGCGCAACCUCCGAAAGCUUCAGAACCUGAGUUAGUGACAGAGUUAGAAACAGAUUCAAACGUAACAAAAGAUUCACCGAAAGUCACAACUUCCGGCGACUUUAGCUCAACUGGAUCUACAUUCGUCCCUGUUACUACAUCAGUUUCGACACCCGCUUUAAGUAAUCAAGAAACAAAACCUUCUGUAUUCAGCGCACCCACACCUACUUCUACAUCCGAAACGACCUCUGCCUUCAGUUCGGCUCAGCCUUCCGCGUUCGCAUCAAGUGCAUCUUCAAUUUUCGCAUCAGCGUCCGCCUCAGCAUUUGGAACGCAGACAACAAAACCUUCGGUAUUCAGUCCAACUACAGCAAACCAAAGUAUUUUCGGAACGGCCACGUCAACUACUUCUGCGUCCACAUUCGGUACUGCUUCAUCAGCGCAAAGUAUAUUCAGUGCAGCGGCAUCCUCAUCUAUGUUUGGUUCAACGCCGACAACGACACAGAACAUUUUUGGAACACCCACUACCCAGGCGUCUGUUUUCGGGACCAAUCAGUCUGUAUUUGGGACAUCAGGGAGUCCUAGUCAAGUAUUUGGCACUCCCUCAACUCAGACGUCAAUAUUCGGAACGCCAACACCUACAAGUCAACCAUCUGUAUUUGGAAGUCCGACCCAAACGACUCAGGCAUCUGUCUUCGGAACUCCGCCACCGGUGACCCAAGCGUCCGUGUUCGGAACUCCGACAACAACACAGAGUGGAUCGCUCUUUGGCGGCACUGAAUCUAACCUAUUUGCAUCUGCUACUAUAUCCACUACCAGUGCACCGUCGCAAGCGAGUGGUGGAAAUAUCUUCGGCGGAGGUUCAUCGAGCUCGGUAUUCGGUAAUAAUACCAGUAUAUUUAGCGGGAAGACAAGCUUCAGCGGCUCGAACCCAACAGCAACCAAUAUAUUUGGAGGCGGAAGUUCUUUCGGACAAAAACAAGCCAACGAUUUCUGGAGUGGUGGCAGCAAUACUACUAGCGGUUUCGGGAAUUCCGCUUUUGGUCAACCAGCAACCACGCAAGCUUCGUCCAUGUUCGGCAGUUCGGGAGGUAGUUUCAGUACACCAUCCCCAGGCCAGACGUUCGGAAGUCCACAGGGUCCAUUUAGUGGUGGUGAAGCUAAUCCUUCCGUGUUUGGAACCCCUCAACAACAGACAGCUACUGCUUUUGGGGGAAGUCCGGCGUUUGGUUCCAAACCUGUGUUCGGCGGAUCACCCACAUACGGUUCUACGGCGUUUGGUGGGUUCAACAAGAGUCCUACUAGCGGGUUCGGUGCUCCAGCGGCGUUUGGCGGAGGUGCCUUUGGUGGAUCUUCCUUUGGAAAUACAUCACCGGGAAAAGCAUUUGGUAACUCUGCACCCGGUUUCGGCUCGCCUACUCAAUCCAACGCCACAUUCGAAAACCUUGCGACACAGAACACACUCACUUUCGGCAACCUCGCGCAACAAUCCGGCCAAGCCCCUCAAGCCGCCCCUACUUUCAAUACGUCUCCUUCAUUUACUGGAUGGCGAGGCUGAUGUUGCAUUACGAGGAACGUUCUGAUAACAGCAUUGAUGCAUGAUGCUUGUUAUGUUGAUAUUGUAACACAUGCUAUCAAAUAAUCGUGUUUAUUACGUUCUAACAAUAUGAAUGACUGUAUCUGUAUUUGUAAUUAAAAAUAAAUAGUGAUUAGAAGU